AUGGUUAACAGUGACGACGUCAGUGGGCAAGGUCAACAGGGAGCCUUUCUCCGCUGUGCGCAGAUUCCUCUGCGCCGUCGCCCCUCGGCCUCUUCCUCUCCGAGCUCCCGCUGCCGGCAGAGGCGGAACGCCCCGCGGAGGACUAGCGGCGGAACUGGAUGGCUGGGCCGCGUUUCCGGGAGGAAAGGAAUCCGCGCAGGACCCGGGACUGACUGUGGUGCGCGUGGUGGCUGGGCCGUGCCGUGCAUGGAGGCUCCGCAGCCGACGGGCCAGAAGCGGCCGGAGCGAGUAGGCGGAGGCCGCGGGACCAACAAGAAGGGCAAGAAGCCGCCGUCGCCUCCCCGGAGCGGGCCGGGCCAGGGCCGGGGCGCCGAGGAGGUGCCCGGGGUGCAGGACCAGGAUGAGCAGCUUCGGCUCCAGAGGGAGCUGGACUGGUGUGUGGAGCAGCUGGAGCUGGGCCUGAGGACUCAGAAAUCCACCCCAAAGCAGGCUGAACAGGCAGCUCGAGCUGUGAAGACGCUUCGAAGCAGUCGAGCUGAGCUGCCCAAGAAACGGCAAGUGAUGCGUGCCAUGUUUGGGGACUACCGGGCUCGCAUGGAGGAAGAUCGGAAAGCAGCACUGAAAGCCAUGGAAGCUGCCGCUCGAUCAGCCCGGGUGCUGCCUGUUGAAGAGUCUGUCCGAAGAAAGAGUAGCAGGAUCUGCAGGCAUCGUCCAGGUGGACGGAUGACUUCUGUGUCUUCUCCAGAGGAAGAAUUUAAGUUUAACUUUUUUUAGCCCCUACCCAGCAGGGAUUCCCCUAAUUUCUGCCAGCAAAGCUGCCACUACCACCCCCAACCCAUUCUAGGGGCUGGGAGGUGGUGAGGGGUGGCUAAUCAGGCUUGGGAAAGUCACCUGGUAGGCAGAUACAUGAUCAGGACGGCUCAGACCUCCUGCUUUUCAGGUGUGGCAGGUUAUUGUCACUGAAGCCCCUGCUUGACAUGUGGGGUCAUCAGGCCCCUUGUGAAAUAGAUAUGUAUUUACCAUAUCUUGAAUUCCUUGAAGACAAGGUUAGUCUGUACUGUGCCUUGGCUGGAAGGUGAAGAUGGAGGCAGCUGAAGCUGCUUGAAAAAGACUGAUUUGGCUUUUACCUCUUGGCUACCUUGGUGCCUCUGUUUCUUAGUAGGAGAGAGGUCUUUAUUCAGUAAAAUCCUCCCUCAAUUUUCUCAUCUGAGUGUCUCCCUAGGACUACAGGAUGGGCCACGGAAGGGUAUAGAAACUGGUCUGGGUGGGGACAGCAUGGCUUAGAGGCCACCAAGCUUGGUGUAUCUCUAAGGGAUAUUUAAAGAUGUCUAAAGCCGGGCUGUCCAGCCUUAGGUUUUUAUUGAAACAAUAGACAAUAUGUUUUGAUUGGCCAUUUUAGUGAGAGGUCUGCCUUAGCUUUACUAAAGCAUUUAUGUAAAUUUCUAUGCUUGUAGGCUGGCCGCAUAUGCCCUCAUCUAAAGAAUAUCUACAGUCCUCCUCGAUCUAGAUGCCCCCACACCCUCCCCUAAAGGAAAAAUCUCAAACUUUUUUCCUUGAGUCAGGGCUUGGGGCAAAGCUUAUCUCAUGCUUAUGGGUUUCCUCAUUGAGCUGCUUUUCCCAAAGAACAUAAAGGAUUAAAGCUGACACCCUUGUUCUAUUGUGGGUCAGUUAGUCAGCAAGUAUUGAUGAAAUGUCUACUAUGUUGAUGGAGCUGUGCUAAGCUCUGGGAACCCAGAGACAAGAAUGUGGCUUCUGUCCUUAAGGAGCUUCAUUCCUUUGGUGGAAGCAACAUGUCCAUAUGUGAAUACCUGCAAAGUGAAUAUGAGGCAGUUUAGGGCAUCUGUAAAGGCAUUGUGCAGAAAAUUGCAUUUGAACUAAAUCUUGAAGGGUAAGGGCUUCUAAGAGGUGGUUGCGAAAAGUAAGUGCAGCCUGGCCAGUGUGUUCAUUUGGCAGGUUAAUCCACCACCAUUUCUUAGAGGAGCCACCUACUCCCCUUCUUUGCCUUCUCUGGAGGUAUUUUGUUUUUGCCCUCACUGUAUGCACUGAUCUUGGGGAUAACAGGAGCUAGCUGAAAUGUGGAUUUUCAUCCUUGCCCACUUUGACCUUUCUCUCCUCCCAAGCAAUGACCUUUGCGGGGAAAGCUGAACUACUUGGAAGCUGCUUUUUUACAGAGGCCACAAAAAAUGUGACUAGUAGGAAAGAUUUUUCUUUUUAAGUGGGAAUACCUUUAGGAUCAUAAGAGAGCUGGAAGGGCUUUAAAGAGAUCAUCUAGCUAGUUCAACCCCUUAAUUUUUUAAAAAAUUAUGGAGCAUUUAUUUUUUUUAUUCCUUCCAUCUUGCUUUCCUUCUCCCCUCCCAAAGAAGAAAAAAAAAACCUUUAUGACAAACAUAGUCAUGCAAAACAAAUUCCCAUUUUUGUUAUGUCUAAAAAUGUGUCUCAUUUUUCACUAGGCCAUUGAUUGUCAGAAGGUAGGUAGCAUUUUUAAUCAUGGGUUCUUUGGAAUCAUAUUAAUCCCUUCAUUUUAAAGAUUGAGAAGUCAAGUGACUUAUUUAGGGUCAAAACAAGUGGCAUAGCUGGGAUUUGAAUCCAGAUCUGAUUAAUUCAUUAUUUUCCCUGCAAUGCACCAAGGCAAAGCUUCUGAACUUAAAUAUUUUAGUAAAUUAUUUUCAACAGAA